AAUACAUCACGUACGUUGCAAACAUUAUGUGCUCGAUCACUCUGAAUUACAUAACAAGAAGUUGCGGAAAAAAAAUAAAAAUGGAGGCGAAUGAGAAUGGUGGCACCUCAAGGUCGUCGCAGAUUGUGGCUAUGAUGAGUGUGCCACCGCUAAAGGUGACAGAACCACGUCAAGUUCGCAAAGUUUUAGUGAGUGAGGACCAUGUAAGUGCCAUUCAAGGAUGUUAUCAAAUAGUUAUGUACUAUGAGAUGAUGAGAGAGGAAGAACAUGGUCGGUGUUUGGCUGGUUGGAUUGUGGAGUCACUAGCCAUGGUCCUGUUGGAUCACCCUUUACUUGCUGGUCGCCUACACACAAGGGAUCACUCAUCCUUCGAAAUUGUGUCCAAUGAUUCUGGUGUUAGACUCUUGGAGGCAUGCUACCCUACCACUUUGUCACACUUUCUUGAGUUGAAUAAAAAAGAACAUGAUCUUGAAGCUGACCUUGUGUUCUGGAACGAAAUUGAUGCCCAGUAUCCUCAGUUCUCUCCUCUUUCUUAUGUCCAGGUGACAAACUUUGAAUGUGGAGGAUACUCAAUUGGCAUUAGUUGCAGCCUCCUAUUGGCAGAUGCUUUUUUAUUUGAGAAUUUCCUUGCGAAAUGGGCAGAAAUUCACACUAAAAUGUCACACCAACGUGAAAAAAUUGAGACACCCAUAUUUUACCACGCUCGUUUGAAAAACCCCAAGUCUCUCCCAUCGGAUAUAAUUCCUCGUACGCAAAGGCAAAACGGGGUUGAAAGCAUGGUGUUCAAAAUCAGUGAAGUAAACUUGGACAAGGAAUUGUGGAGGGAAUUGGCCAUGGUUUGUGUCGAGGAAGCAAAGCAAAAGCAAGGGACAAAUUUGGGUUGGGAAUUUUGUUUGGUGGUGAAAGAGUCUUCGGAGGUGAUGAAGGUAGAAAGUUUGAGAAUGAAUGGACAUGAUGGUUUGAGGGUGAAGCACGGUUUAAGCUUUAAGGUAAGUGGAAGCACGUGGAAAGAGUUUGGAGUGUAUGAGGUAGCAUUUAAUGUGGGAAACAAACCGGUCCAUGUUUCUUGCUGGAUUGGAUCAGUGAGUAAUGGAUUUGCCAUGGCAGUUCCACUCCCGUACCUCAACCAGAAUUCAUGUGCUGUGGUUCUGGUUUCACCCUCUCUUUCUUCCUAGAUGCACAAUGUGUUUAAUGCGCUGUACUGUGCUUCUAGUUUCACCCUCUCUUUCUUCCUAGUUGUACAAUAUGUUUUAUAUUGGUACAACUUUAUUGAAAAUCAUAUAUUUUGGUGGUUCCACAUUGGUUUCAUAAUUUUUAGUAAAUUUUAGUUAAUGAUAUAAUGUGUUUUAGAAAUCAUAUGUCAGAGAAUAUAAUGUCAGCCCUCUUCAAGAUUCUAAUAUAACUUUGAGGCAGAAG